CCACUAACUGCCCCCUACCGUUCGCUUUUUCGCCCCAGCUUUGAAGGACUCUUGUGUUCUGUUUUAAUAUUUAGUACAUUUUCUCUCCAAGAAAAUCGCAAACAUGACCAGGAAAUUCUUCGUCGGUGGAAACUGGAAAAUGAACGGCGACAAAAAAAGCCUUGGGGAGCUCAUCCAGACCCUGAACGCAGGCAAGGUGGAUCCUAAUGUCGAGGUGGUGUGUGGUGCUCCAUCCAUCUACCUGGACUUUGCCAGAUCCAAACUGGAUGCCAAGUUCGGUGUUGCAGCUCAGAACUGCUACAAAGUUCCCAAGGGUGCCUUCACUGGGGAGAUCAGCCCUGCGAUGAUCAAGGACUGUGGUGUGAACUGGGUAAUCCUGGGACACUCCGAGAGGCGCCACGUCUUCGGAGAGAGCGACGAGCUGAUUGGGCAGAAGACUGCUCAUGCUCUAGAGAACGGUCUUGGCGUGAUCGCUUGCAUCGGUGAGAAACUGGACGAGAGGGAGGGAGGCAUCACGGAGAAGGUGGUGUUUGCUCAGACCAAAGUCAUCGCAGACAAUGUAAAGGACUGGAGCAAGGUCGUGCUCGCUUAUGAGCCUGUUUGGGCUAUCGGCACCGGCAAGACUGCCUCUCCACAGCAGGCUCAGGAAGUUCAUGAGAAACUGAGGGAAUGGCUGAAGACCAAUGUGUCUGAGGCCGUAGCCAACUCUGUGAGGAUCAUUUAUGGAGGUUCAGUAACCGGUGGUACCUGUAAAGAACUUGCCUCCCAGAAGGACGUGGACGGUUUCCUCGUGGGCGGGGCCUCCCUAAAGCCAGAAUUCAUCGACAUCAUCAAUGCCAAGGCAUAAACACCCAGACGAGGUCCCUCAACUCGCAGUACUACUCUCCCUCCCUCCUCUCUGUUUGAACCAUUUGUGUAAUGCUGUCAUUCCCUUGGUUUUUUCCUUUUUAUCUUUUGGUAUAAUUCCCCCAUAAAGAAAAAAAGGGACAAGCUGACGCAUGCACUGGUGCUGCACUGAUGAGUCUACUGAGAACGGUCCGUGUGCAAAGUUAACUUCCGCACAAAGUGCUCUAGCUGUAAAGGCUGACAACCAGACGUGGACAUUCAGUCCUCUGCCUUUACUUGAAAGGUUUACGUACUGCUUAACUUUUUGUUUUGAGGAUAAACUGUCACAGCUUGUCGGUCACAUUUCUUUCUUUAUUAUGCUGUCUCUGUGUGAAUGUGAAGAUCUGUGUCUUUUUUCCCUCGCUGUAGACGUGCUCAAUCCAAUUUUUUUUUUUUUUCACUACUUUCGCAGAGAGGAAAGUGUCUAUUAUGCGUUUGUUGUGUUGUCAUGACUUGCGGGUAGAAGGGAAAAUAAUAAAGAAAUAUUCUAAUAAAUGGUUUAGA